CUGAUUUUCUAAUCAACGGAGACAGUAAAUGAUUUACGCAGGACAAAAAAAAAGAAAAUUCCUUUAUAAUUCUUCUUACAUGAAUGGCUGGGACUGAGUUUGGGCUCCUGGAAGUCAGACUUCCUGUGCUGCUGAAUAGUUGUUUGUUCAGGAUUUUAUUUAUUGGAGCAUGAAGUGAUUUUUGAAGAUUCCCUUCCUCUAUUCUUUCUUUUUUAAAGGGAGCCACUGAAGAAAAUUGGAAGGAAUGACGCACUCAGCAGUCAAAGAUGUCAAUGGGCUGGAGAACCCCAGUUUUAUGGUUGAAGAUGGAGACCAAUACAGUGCCUUGUCUGAACUCGAUGCUGAGGGGCUAAAGGAAAAGAAGAAAGACCAGGGCAAGAACUGCAGUACACUAGUGUACUCUGUCACUGACAUUCCACCAUGGUACCUCUGCAUCAUGCUAGGGAUUCAGCACUACCUGACAGCUCUGGGUGGUCUUGUAGCCAUCCCUCUGAUCCUGUCCAAAGAGCUUUGCCUGCAGCAUGACCCCCUGACCCAGGGUCACCUGAUCAGCACCAUCUUCUUUGUCUCAGGAAUUUGUACCCUCCUUCAAGUCCUCUUUGGAGUCAGGUUGCCCAUUCUCCAAGGAGGGACUUUUGCGUUCUUGACUCCUACCCUUGCCAUGCUCUCCCUCCCUAACUGGAGAUGCCCUGCGUGGACGCAGAAUGCCAGCCAGGUGAAUGCUACUUCACCGGAGUUCAUCGAAGUCUGGCAGUCGAGGAUGCGAGAGCUGCAGGGAGCCAUCAUGGUCGCUUCCUGUUUCCAAAUCUUUGUUGGAUUUUCUGGCCUGAUUGGAUUUCUGAUGCGAUUCAUCGGUCCUUUGACCAUCGCCCCAACCAUAACCUUGGUUGCGCUGCCUCUCUUCAACUCUGCAGGAGAUGAAGCUGGCUCACACUGGGGCAUAUCAGCCAUGACCAUUUUCUUCAUAGUUCUGUUCUCUCAGUACCUGAAAAAUGUGCCUGUGCCACUGCCAUCUUACCAAGGAUCCAGGAAGUGCCACUUCUCUAAGGUCUACCUCUUCCAGAUCUUCCCCGUUCUUCUUGGCCUCGCCAUUACUUGGCUGAUAUGUUUUGCACUCACUGUUUCCAAUGCCUUCCCCUCGGACUCUGCAGUUUAUGGCUAUCUGGCUCGGACUGACAUCAAAGGAGAUGUUCUGUCCCAGGCACCCUGGUUCCGGUUCCCGUACCCAGGCCAAUGGGGAGUUCCAACAAUCAGUUUGGCUGGGAUAUUUGGCAUCAUAGCUGGAGUGAUUUCCUCUAUGGUGGAGUCGGUAGGCGAUUACUAUGCCUGCGCCCGACUGUCUGGUGCCCCGCCCCCUCCGAAGCAUGCUAUCAACCGUGGAAUUGGAGUUGAGGGAAUUGGCUGUCUUCUGGCUGGGGCAUGGGGAACAGGGAAUGGCACCACUUCUUACAGUGAGAACGUUGGAGCGCUGGGAAUCACCCGGGUAGGAAGUAGAAUAGUGAUCGUUGCUGGUGGCUGCGUGUUGCUUGUGAUAGGCAUGUUUGGGAAGAUCGGCGCUGUGUUUGCCAGCAUACCAACACCCCUGAUUGGAGGACUGCUCCUUGUGAUGUUUGGAAUCAUCACUGCUGUGGGAGUUUCCAAUUUGCAGUAUGUGGACAUGAACUCCUCAAGAAACCUGUUUAUCUUUGGAUUUUCUAUAUAUGCGGGUCUGGCAAUUCCCAACUGGGUAAACAAAAAUUCUCAAGUGCUAGAAACAGGAAUUCUCCAGCUAGACCAAGUGAUUCGAGUGCUCCUCACCACUGGCAUGUUUGUGGGUGGAUUCCUGGCGUUUAUCCUUGAUAACACGAUUCCAGGAAGCCAGGAAGAGCGAGGACUCUUAGCAUGGAAAGAGACCUGCCAGGAGGAGUGUGAUGAGGCGCGCGUUUUGGAAGUCUACGGUCUUCCAUUUGGGAUAGGCACCAAGUUCUGCACCUCUUCUUGGGUUCAGCACCUCCCAACUUGCCCCAAAAGGCUAUCUGGAUCCAAGAGAAAGGAAGAACCAAAGAGCCUCAAACAGGAAAACAGUUUCAAAAUAAGCUCAGAAAGAGAACCAGAGCUAGACAUUGAUACAAAGAUAUAAGCCCAUGGUUAGGAGGUGGACUCAUUUGCAAAGCACGUGCCAUGAAAACCAUGUUUACAGACAACCUGAUAGAGGUUGGAACAGGAGAAUAGGUGAUAAAACUUGUUUUCUAUUCCCUGCUCUGCCACUGACUCCUUAUGUGACCUUGAGUAAGUACCUCACCUCUUUCUGCCUCCAUUUAUCAAGAUGUAGCAAAAAAUAUACUGACUGGGGAACAGCCUGGCCAGAGGCCAUCAGCACUUAUGAAGGAACUUGUUCCCCCCCCCACACACACACACCAGGGCCACCCAAAGGAUUCAGAGGGCCUGGGGUCUUCGGCGGCGGGGGUCCUUCCGCUCUGGGUCUUCGGGGCACUUCGUCGGCAGGUCCCGGAGCAAGUGAAGGACCCACCGCCGAACUGCUGCCGAAGACCCGGAGCGGAAGGAGCCCUCGCCACCAAAUUUGCACCGAAGACCUGGAGCAGAAGAAGCUCUGAGUCUUCGGCAGCGGGUCCUUCACUCACUCUAGGUGUGUUCGGCAGCACUGAAGGACCUGCCGCCGAAGACCCGCCGAAAACUCUGAUGGGGGCCCCUGAAAACUCUCCCUGCGGGGCCUGCGGCAAAUUGCCCCACUUGCCCCCCUUCUGGGCGGCCCUGCCCCAGACUUUCUCUUUGUGAGCCAUGACAGCCCUGAUCAGGUUCUGAAUAGCAUAUACACAGCAGUGUUUCCCUCUCCCAUUGAUCAGCUGUUUGGGAGCUGUGACAGCUCCCUUCCAUCCCUAGCUGAUCACUGGGAGCGACAGAAAAGUGCAUAUGCUACUUGGGCCCUAACCAGGACUGUCAGGUGUUACAUGGGCUCCUCUCAGUACUACCAUGAGGAAGGGGAACUUUGUCGUAUGAUGUCUCUGUAUGGGGAAGAGACAGGAGAAGAAGGGAAUUGGGAAAGAAAAUUCCAGUAUAAAAUGAAGGAAGGGACAGAGAAAGAACAAAAAGGCAGUUAGCUCCAUUUGUGUGUGUGAUUUAGGCCUGGGCUACACUAGCAGGGGGGUUCGAACUAAGAUACGCAACUUCAGCUACGCUAUUCACGUAGCUAAAGUUGAAGUAUCUUAGUUCGACUUGCCUGGCCGUCCUCACGGUGGCCAGUCGACUGCCGCGGCUCCCCUGUCGACUCUGCUUACUCCUCCUGCCGAGGUGGAGUAUGAGCGUCGAUUAGCGGAUCGAUUUAUUGUGUCCAGCCGAGACGCGAUAAAUCGAUCCCCGAUACAUCGAACACUUAGACGUACCCUUAGAGCAGUGUUUCUCAACAACAAGUCUAUGGACUGGCACUGGUCCCUGAGAUCUCCCUGAUAAAGUUUAGGAGGCAGCAAGUUGGUCCCUGGUAUCAAAAAGGUUCAGAAACACUGCUCUAGAGAAAGGUGGCCUUGUGACUGACCUGGCUGAAGAAGAGACUUUUCAGUUUCCAAGCAGUUUUAAAAAAUUAGGGCAGGGGGAGGGAAUUGUUUUGGUCGAACCAAAAAUGACAUUUUUCAAAAUUGUGGGGUGAAUUGAAAAGUCAAGCAGAUGAACGGAAUGUGUCGGUGAUACAGAAAUGAAACCUUUCAGUUUGAUUUUCAAGUGUUUUGACAAAAGCAAAGGAGUCAUAAAAUGUGUUUUGGUUUGCAACCUACAAAUGAUUGUACAUUUCCUCUUGGUUUCCUUGUUGGUAUUAUCAUCCAAGGGGCUGUAUCUGCUCUCUGGUUAGAGGAGAAAUUCUGGUGCUUUUAGGAGUCUAGUCUUGGGCCCCAAUCCUGCAAAAACUUACGCAUGUGCUUGGACUUUCUGGGUUCCAUGAAAGCAACCCCUACCCCCCCCAAAAGGCUUAGGGGAAUCUAGGGAGGCUGUGGAAUUGGUGAUCUUUGAAAGGAGUGUGGGCAGACAAAAGAGACACAAUAGUGAAUGCAGGGCCUAAUAGCAGCAUAUAAAGAUCAAACUGUGAAUGGAAAAGAUUUCUUUACAAGUCUUGAUGAAAGUCCCACGGUACAGAUCACAUAAACAUCGUCAUUCAUUAUUUAAGUGCUGUGUUCUCAGCUCCCUCGGAGGGAAGGACCUGCCGCCGAAUUGCCGCUGAAGAAGAAAGCACCGCAGUGGAGCUGCCACCGAUCACGAUCGCGGCCUUUUUUUUUUUUCCCCGCCACUUGGGGUGGCAAAAGCCCUGGAGCCAGGCCUGGCCCUGAUCCUGCAAAAACAUAUGCAUCUGUCUAACUUUGUGAGUAGUCCCGUUGAAAAAUGGGACUUCUCACAGUGUGUAAAGUUAAGCACAUGCAUAAGUCUUUGCAGGACUGGGACCCAAGACUAGACUAGGAGCAGAGAAGGCAGGCCAUACUUACAGAAUGGGAACUGUAUCCUGGGAACAGACCUGGGGUUCCUGGAAGAGAAUCAGCUGAACAUGAGCUCCCAGUGUAAAGACUGUGGCCAAAAGGGCUAAUGUCACUGGAUGUAUAAACAAGCGAAUCUCUAGUAGGAAGGUGGGAGGUUAUAUAUGUGGCACUGCUGCCACCGCUGCUGGAAUACUGUGUCCAGUUCUGGUGUCCACAGUUAAAAGAAGGUUUUAAAAGUUAAAAGAUCUUUAUAUGUUGAUAAAUUGGAGAAGGUUCACAGAAGAGCCACAAGAAUGAUUGAAGGAUUCGAAAACAUGUUUUUAUAUUGAAAGAUUUAAGGAGUUCAAUCUAUUUAGCUUAUGAAAGAGAAGGUUAAGGGAUGUCUUGAUCAAUCUAGAGAUGCUUCCAUGGGGAACAAAUCAGGUAAUAGUGGGCUCUUCAAUCUAGCAGACAAAGAUAUAAUAUGAACCAAUGGCUAGAAGUUGAAGCUAGACAAAUUCAGACUAGAUAUAAGGCACAAAUUUUAAGUAAUGAGGGUAAUUAACCUUUGGAACAAGGUUUGUGAUAGAUUCUGCACCACUGGAAACUUUAAAAUCAAAAUUGGGUGUUUGUUUUCCUUUAAAAAACUGCCCUUGAAUUUGACGCAUGAAUUAAUACAAUGAAAUCCUAUGGCCUGUCUUAAACAGGAGGUCAAAGGAGUCAAUCACAGUGGUCCUCUCUGGCCUUAAAAUCUAUUAAUCUCACAAGGCCUUUGCUCAGGAUGGAGUAGCAGAGGUGCUGCAGGUCAAAACUGAGGUGCAUUGGCAAAGCUGUUUGGGGAACCCAAGACUAGAACAGAAGGGCGUACUACAGAUCAUGAAGGCGGGAGACCAGGACUGAUAUAUUAGAUAAACUAUCUACUAACAUCUUGGAAGCUUCAGUGUGAGAUAUUUUCCUACAGGACUGCCAUUGUUUAAAUUGGGAUCACCGUAUAGAACCAUAUAGAAUGGAAACAGAACACGAGGAAUGUACUGUAAGGAUUCAGUGUUUAUAUAGGCUCCUUGUAAUUUUGGAGACUGCAGAUAUGAGAGUUUGUUUUCCUAACAAUUCAUUGAGCUGAAAGUCUAGAGUUCGAAGACUGUGUUUUAGGGAGGCAUAUUAUGUGUGCAGUGUAGGCAUGAAGUGGGCAACAUUAAUUUAAAUGAGCUUAUAUAUAGCAUGAUGUGAAAGAAAAAUCUGGUACAGAUUUGAUUUAGAUCCGAUAGAAAGAAAAUAUGAUAUCGGAGAGUCACUCUUCAUUGUAUGAACACUGCAGUGAUCAUUGUGUAUCACUUAGCAUAACUGUCUCACUGUUAACUUGAUCUUCCCCAUUCUGUCUGUUGUAUCCACCUGUUUUUGUUGUUGUUUGUUAUGUUUGUAUGACACCUAGCACGAUGAGGCCCAGAUCCCUGACUGGGCCUUUAAAGAACUACUGCACUACAAAUAAUAAAUGUAACCUAGAUCUUAUUUAAAAGAAUUCAAAAAGAGGCAGAAAACUCUUGGUAUGGAAUGCUAGAGGGUUUCAAAAUUUCAUCUGGUCCUAUUAGUAUUUAGUGUGUGUUAUCUGAAAAUCUCCUCUCUUGUUUCAGAGUAAAACCUCUGGAGACUUCUUUAUUUUUAAUCAGGCAAUUUUUCAUUUUCAGUCUCUGAUGUUAUAUUUGUUGGAGCUAGAUUUGGAAGGAUUAGAUUUUUAUUGGUAAAUGUCAAUUUCACCAUACACAGAAAACCAACAACAAAAUGUUUCUAUUGAUAACUGAAAUGUAUAGAUAGACAAAAUAAGAAAAAUGCUGCUUGAGAACUAAUUAGAGUUUGAUUUAAGGAUAUUUACUUUGUAUUUUUGGUGUGAUGUUGAAAACUUGUGUUUUAAUGGUUUAUAAAGCUUUAACUUUUUGAA